GAGCAAGGUUGGUGGGGAGUGCAGGGAUGUGGGCAUCCUGAGGGAGGAGAGAAUGAGAGAAAACAUGAGUUUGAAAUGAAAACUAAGUGAGCCAAAGGCUAUAUGAAAGGAACCCAUAGGAGUGAUGUUAGGCACAAUCUAGGCUAAUCUGUUCAUUUUAAAAAUGGGGAAACUAAAUGGCAGAGAAAAUAAGGGACUUCUGUGGCAUUAAUAGUGGCUUCAGAAUUCAGAGUAAGAGAGAUUAAGAAGCAGAAAGAGACAAACACUGGCACAGUUAAUCAAUCAUUAAGCAUCUAUUAAACACUUGCUAUGUGUCAGGCACUGUAUUAUGUACUAGGCAAACAGAGACAACAAUGAAAGAGUUCAUGCUUCAGGGAAAAAAUAAGGAAAAGAGAUAAAAAACAUAGCACCAAGGGGAGAGACUCAUAAAUUGUGAAUCUGGCAUGAAAUAUAUGUAAACAGUAAGAUAUAGACAAAAAAAGUGUUGGGGACAGGGCAGGAGGAUGGGGAAGAAGGAGGAGAGACAGAAACAUAGACACACAGACACACACACACACAAAGAGAGAGAAAAUGUUAGCAAAGACAAAUGCAGCAAAGAAAAAAGAACAAGGAAGAUAAGCAGAUAACAAAAGGCAGGAAAAAGAGAAAUAGAGAGAAGAGUUUUGCUGGGGUCUGAUUAUUCAGGUAAUAAGAGAGAUCAGAAUAUUUAGGUAUAUCUGAUGAUUCAGGGAUCUUGAGUCAGAGGCUUCAAGAGUUUUAGGCAAGCAUAAACUUCUGAAAGUCUCUGGAGUACCUAGGCGCCCCUAAGCCAUGGCCACACCAGGGAAUAAUGAAGAUGAACCACAUCCUGAUGACCCAAGAAGAAGAAACUUGGAAGACAAGUUAAAAGAAUUGGGACUGGAUGCCCAAUGUUGGAUACCUAAACUGCAGGAACACCUGGGUGUGACCUCUGUCCAAGCUUUACAACAUGUACAAUACAAGGAAAUCCUGGCACUAAAAUCCCAGGCAAGCCAUCCUUGGGAGAAACGGGCACUGGAGAAACUUCUUUCACCGUGUAACAGUCGGGGAUCAGAAGAAAUGCAAGAGAAACACUGGGAGCUAGUGAAGAAGAGACAAGAGCAGGCACAGUCAGCCCUGAAUGAACUGAGAGAGAUGCAGGCAGCAGGUAAAAGCCGUGAGGAGGCGAUUGUGAGGGAGAAAGAAGAGGAGCUGAGGCAGGCUAUGGAGAUCCCAGCCAUGUACUGGCCUCUCUCUGAGAAACCCCUAGUGGAAGUCAUAGAAAACAUGAAGAGAAACCUCAGUCUCAUGGAAAACACUCUGUCCCAUAGAGAGAAUCUUCCUGACAGGGAGCUCCUCAAAAGGGUGUCAGGUGGCCUAGCCCUGCAGGGGAUUUACCAAACCAAUCACCCAGAGGAUCUUUUGGAGAGAAGAGAAGAACUGAUCACACUUCCAGAGAACUUCUACCUGCUUAAUCCACAACAGAGAAGUGGGAUGGAAACAAAGGAGUUUUUGUCUUCUAGAGAAGAGUCCAUAUUUACCCAAGGCAUGGAGAUAUUGGGCUUCAGUGUUAGCUUCUUGGCUAAGGGUGGAGGCUGGGGAUUGAACCUAGAGGCCAGCACCAAGGACAGCAGAUCUUCUGACUCCAGAGAUGUCCAAAAGUCACACUCUGAGGAAACUUACACAUGCAUCACCAAGUUCAGCUAUAUCCCCCUGGCCUCCUGCCACUUUGCACGGGAUCAGCUCCACCUUUCCAAGUCAGCUUUGCAAGAGUUAAAGAAGCUGGAGGAACUUCUGAGCCACUUGAAUGGUGCAGAAACCCAUCCCCUGCUGAAGCAGAGAUGUGAGGCAUUCUUUAAAAGGUUUGGCUCUCAUGUGAACCAGGGUCCAUUGCACUUGGGAGGAGUAUUCUGGUGGAAAGCUGUAGCUGCAGGUUUCAGGUCAGAGGCACUGCAUGACGUGAAGCAUCAAGCCUCAGAAGCACUCGAUAUAUACAUUGGAGGCAGCUACAGUGGUUUUGGGGUGACAGCUGCAGCCAGUACAAAUGUGUCAAACUCUCAGUCUCAAAUGAUUUCUCAGAAUACAAGCUCCACUAAUUUACAAACAAGAUUGGAAAUGUCUUUUUACCAAACAGGAGGCCCCCCAGAGGCAGAUUCUCUCCCACAGUGGAAAGCCGGUCUUGUGGCCAGUAACCACAGCUGGUGUAUCAUUGACCGAGGGUAUCAGCUAGUGCCUGUCUGGGACAUAAUUCUGUCUAACCACAGACAAGAUUUUCAGGAUCCUCUUCAAGUGACUCGUUGCCUCACAAGCAUUUAUACAAACCUGACUGGCAGACAUGUAAGCAUCCAGGAUGGAGAGGAGCUACUGAGUGCAGGGAGGGAUGCCAGGUCACUAAUAGAAGAAGUGAAAUCCUGGGAAAUCACUGAGCCUCAGGAGAAACUGAUGAGACUGAUCAAUUUUCAGCAAAAGCUGAGUGAGAAAACCAGAAACUAUAACAUCUGGAUUAAUAUCUGUCUUACAGACCCAACUUUGCAGCAGUUCUUGGUGGACGUUGUCAAUUUUUGCAAGGACUUCCCAGUUGAAGAAAUCAAAUGCAUUAAAUACGAGUUGCGCAGCCUUUUGUAUCCUCAUAUCUAUCAAGUGAAGGACUUCCCACAGAGGCACUCAAUUAUGCAGUGGAUUUUCCACUCAACAAAGAAGAAACAAGAUAUCCGUGUCACAGAGUUUGAUGAUUUCAUUCAGCUCUUAGAAAAGGCAAAGAAUGACCUUCUUGAAAUCAAUCACACCUCAGAGUACUUAGAAAAGUUAGAAGAAGCUCAAAGAAAGGCCACUUAUGAGCUCAGUUUGUCUCUCAGAUCUUUUCUGAAAGCCUUAAAAGAGACAGAAGAGACAGGCAUAUAUCUAUUGCUACUCUGCAUUGCAGCUGGUGCAGGGUACAAGGAGGAAAGCCAAACCUUCCACUGUCUCCUUGGAUAUGAAGAAUUAAAUUUCCUGUUAUGUGAAAUGAAAGAAGCCCAUGAAAAAUACCAGGGCCUUCAUCAGAAAUCUGAGUAUAGGGCUCAAGCAUUCCUACUGCUCACAGGGCUCACAGUGACUCCUGGACCUAUUGCUGUGUCUGCAGAAGAAAAGAAGCAAUGUUUAGAGCUUAUGCAAUCUCACAUGGGACAGUCAUGGUCCAAAGAAGUACUUCAUGUCCUCUUGAAACCGAGAGUCAGUCAUGAUUGGGAAACUCUGGAGAAAGACCUGAAUUUGCUCAUCAAUGGAGAACAUGAGGCUACAGUGAACUGUCUACAGAUAGAGCAGGUGAAAAAAGAAUUAGAAAGUAUCUUUCAGGGAAAGAAAAAGACCCAAGAACCAGAACCCUGUACCAUCAAACAGCAUGAAGUGAUACAAAAUUCUGACUUUCUAGACUUAGCUAAGAGGCUUGGGCUGGAGGAUUUCUAUCCAAGGAAGAUGGGCCGAGCAGAUUUCCAUGUGAUUUACAAGGCUUCUGUGCAUGACAGUCAGCCAGACACAGAAAGACAAUUGCCAUUUUAUUUCCUACAGAAGCUGUUGAUGCUGGAUUACCGACUGAGAUACUUGGUGUGCAAAGGUGAUGGAGACACAAUGGCCAGUGGGACACUGACUCUGACAAAUCUUAAAGAGGAUACUUCAGAUCCUUAUGAUGAUUUGUUUGAUGACAGUGACACUUCUUCUGUUCUCUUGUCCCCAGACCAGCCCCAUAUUCACCCAAUGGAUACUCAGAUGAUGAUUUUUCACUGUGCAGAUGAUUUCAUGAGACAAUACAUUUCAAACAAACUGGCCAUUUGUCAGUUUGCUCUCCCCUUUGUGGUGCCCAAUCCCUGUUCUUCAGUAAUAGAAUUCCCACUGUGGUCUCUCAGCCAAAUCAAGAGAAGCUGGAGAGAAGUGAGGAAAUUAGGGGAAGAAGACACAAUCAUUAACUUUAAUAACCAACUCAUCUCCCAGGCACCCAUCCCCAUUGUGUCCUUUAUAAGGGUUGUGAAUUCUGCUUCUUCUUCCAAAUCUCAGAUCUUGAACUCUCUGCUGAGUAAGCACAAACACGAUGUUUUUUUCCACCGUGACUGCCGAGGCAACAGCAAAUCCUGCCUGUUAAUGGGAGGUCUUGUAGAAAUCUCCUGGUUCUGUCCAGGGGGGAGAGAGGAGGACAGAUUUGAAAGUUGUGUUGCCUUCACUAAUCUGCAUGGAGAUGCCAAAGAUCACGAGGCGCAGCUCAGAUUCCUGCAGGACAUUGCUUCAGUCACAGUGGUCCUUGUAUCUGCUUCUGAUAAAAGUGAGAGCACCAGGAAUAUGGUCCGAGACCUGUGGAAGUCUACCAAACCUUUGGUAUGUUUGUUUGAUGACAAAGAGAAGAGUGUGGGCAGUGAUGUUGGUGAGAAAGUGAGGAUUGGGAUCAGGAAUAGAAAUGAGGCUGAAUUAAUGGAUGAACUCUCAGGUGUCAUCAAGCGGUUGCUGAAAUCUUCAGGUCCCUUUCUCACUCUGGAAGAUGGUGCUAAAAUUGCUCGCCAGCAUGGCUUUCUUGUAGAUGUGGACAGGAAGGAAUGUCGAGAGGCCAAAGAAAAGGCAGAGGUUGUGGUGGCCCUCAUGAAAGAAAUAAAAUUGUCUGAAAUGAAGGAGAAAUUGCUGCCCCUUCAGGGAGAACUUUGGCACCGGUGGUGUAAGAAGGAUAAGGAGCUUUGUCACCUGAGAGAGAAGGGGAACCGCAGCCUUGAACAACACAAAAGUGAGAUUGAGGAAGAAAAGCAAGGCAUAAGACAGGCCCAGCUACAGAAAAUAUGUCCUCUCAAUGACUUGAUGCGAUCAGUACUUGAAAUCCUUCACUCUCACUCAGGGAAGGACAACAGCACCAAGCUGUACUUCCUUCAGUGGCUCAGCAUGUUUAUGGACAACUUGACCAGAGGUGAGUUGGAAAAACUCCAGAAAAGGUACAACCACCUGUGGUCCUUGAGGCUGGCAGAAAAGCAAAAGGGAUCAGUGAAUGUGUCCUUGAAAGAUCACCAAGUGGAACUAGAGUCUGUCUCCAAGGACAUCAGGGAUUCCUCCUUGGGUAUUGAACAUCUCCUGAGAGAGGUUGGCCAGAUCUAUGAAGCUUUGGAAGAAACUUCACCACAAAUGUAUACUUUGUCCUUCUCCCUUCCUGAAAUUGCUGCUGACCUGAUGAUUUCUGGGUACCCCAUUGAGCUGAUGAAUGGGGAUGCUUCCUAUGUACCCCUCACAUGGGUAGCAGCUGUUUUUGACAGAUUAAUUGAGAAAACUGGAGAUGAAAAGAUCUUUGUUCUCUCUGUUCUUGGCCUCCAAAGCACAGGGAAGUCCACUCUGUUGAAUGCUAUGUUUGGCCUGCAGUUUAAUGUCAGUGCAGGGCGAUGCACAAGGGGAGCUUACAUGCAUUUGCUAAAGGUGGAGAAGACACUCUGGGAAGAACUGGGCUUUGGUUUUAUCCUUGUGAUUGAUACCGAAGGACUCCGGGCCCCAGAACUCGCUUGUAAAUCACAGAAUCGGGACAAUGAGCUGGCCACCUUUGUUAUUGGACUUGGAAACCUGACCUUGAUCAAUAUAUUUGGAGAGAAUCCUUCAGAAAUGCAAGAUAUCUUGCAAAUUGCUCUCCAGGCCUUUCUGCGAAUGAAACAAGUGAACAUUUCCCCAAGUUGCCUCUUUGUUCAUCAGAAUGUGGGUGAAAUCACUGCCAAAGAUCAAAACCUGGAAGGAAGAAGGAGACUGCAGCAGAGACUGGAUGAAAUGGCAGUCAUAGCUGCAGAACAGGAACAGUUGUCAGAUAUCAGCCACUUCAGUGAUGUCAUUCGGUUUGAUGUUAAUAGGCAUGUCCAUUACUUUGCCCAUCUGUGGGAAGGGGAUCCUCCAAUGGCCCCUCCCAACCCCAGUUAUAGCCACAACAUCCAGGAACUAAAAAGAGGAAUUCUUUUGGCUGCCAAAAAGGAAUCUAGAGGCAGCAUCCUGAAGGUUUCUGAGGUGAAAGUCCGCAUCCAGGAUUUGUGGAAAGCCUUGUUGAAUGAAAACUUUAUCUUCAGCUUUAGGAAUACUCGGGAGGUCAUGGUCAUGAUCAAACUUGAGACCAUGUAUAACCAGUGGACUUGGAACCUAAGAAGUCAUGUGUUAGGGUUGCAGAACCAACUGACCAAUCAGAUUCAGAAUGGGGAAAUUCAGGAUCUCCCAAGAAGUUUGAUUGAAACGAAUAUUGCAGAAAAAUAUGAAGCUGUCAGGCAAGAGCUUCAAACUUAUUUUGAUGAAGAUCCAGAGAAUGAAAUCCUGAUGCAGUGGAAGGGAAACUUUGAGAACAAACUGAGAAAUCUUCAAGAGGCACUUGUUUCAGAAAGCAUUAGAAAGUCCACUGAUCUCCUUAGUGCAAGGAAAGGUCAAGAUAAACUGAAUAAAAAGAAAUCAGAAUAUGAAAAAGAGCUCUUAUUAAGAAGCAGAGAUGUGGCUCUUUCCUAUAUGGGUAAAGAGGUAAGUGAGGAGGAGCUGAGAGAAAUAUUCAUUCCACUCUGGAUAAAAUGGGUCCAUGAAGUAUCCUCAAAUUCUCCUCCUGUGGAAGAUCCCCAAAUUGAUGUGGAUUUGGAGAAUGUCUUUCUGGACCAUUUUAAACAGGAGUGCACUGUAGUAAGCAAACUUUGUGAUCGUGACCGUUGGAAACAUUUUUCCAUUAAUUAUGAGAAACAUGUGAAAAAGAAGACGAAUUGGAAAGAUUUUUUCUUCACACUCUCCUUAUCAGGGAGUGAUAAAGUGGCUAUAGAUGAAGCUACGAAGAAGAUUAUUGAACUAGUCAUGGAAACUAUUGAAUCUAAAUUGAGAACGGGACUGGAUUAUAAUAAAAGUUACUUCCAUGAACUACUGCAAUUGAUAGACAAGCACACUGAUUCUGCAUCUGAAGAAGCAAGAUACACAUUUACAAAUGAGUACAAAAUAGAUUUGUCCUUAUGCUUAUGCCAUAGAGCAGCAGCUUUUUUUAGGGACAUGCACACAGCCUUCAAGAAAGCCCAUUAUCCUGUCAUAUAUCAAGAAAACAAGAGAGAGGAUUUCUUUAUGUGUUUUAAGAUUUCUUGCCAAGGUGCAACCUCUAUCACAGCAUUUGUUGACUUCCUGUGGAGUAAGCUCAUUGCUUCCUUACAUAUAGCCAUUCCAGAAAAGAUAGCCCUUGACCUUGCUGGGAACAUUAGGGCUAACUCUCCUGCCUUUAAUGGAAACAGAUCCAACUUGGAGAAACAUAUUCUCAUCUCUUUGGCUGAAGAAGACAACUUUGAGGAUUAUUGGGAAUACAUUCAUACACCAAAGACAUUUUUUGAGAAAUACAUUAAAAAAGAGAUCAGUGUGAGUAGGGGAAAUGAGACACUGAAGAAUUUUGUAAAUAAUAAUCUGGAACAUUUUAAGAAAAUCAUUUUCUCUGCUAUUCAUGAGUCAACUCUGGUGGCUAAGGACCAAAAUAAUUCUGCAUCUGUGUGGCUAGACACAUUGUGUAAAAAUCUAGGGAGUCAUUUGACCCUUCCAAGAGAAGAGCUAAGAAAUAUUGAACACCAGGAGAUAACUGACAUUGAAUUCCUCAAAGAAGCCAUGAAUGAAUAUCUAGAUACAAAAAUCCAAAAUUUUAGAGAAAAUUGGGAAAGGAUGUUUCUAACGAAAAUUGAUUCUGACACUCAGACCAUGCUCUCUGAUCAGCUUAGUGGCUGUUGGAAGCAAUGUCCUUUUUGCAAAGCAAUUUGCACAAAUACGGUCACAAAUCAUUGUGAAGACCACAGUGUCCCCUUCCAUCGUUCUAAGGCUGUUACUGGCACAUAUUGGCACAAGACUGAUGAGUUUUCAAUUGAUUUCUGUACCAGUAGUGUGGCAAGUAAUACUGUGUUUAUUCUUCCUGAUGAUAGACGUAUCCCAUAUAAGACUUAUCGUGAAGCAGGUGGUGAAUAUGCCACAUGGAGCAUCACUCCAGACACAUCUGCCCAACCAUACUGGAAAUGGUUUGUGUGUCACUUCAGAUCAGAAUUGGAAGAGAAGUACAAGCUCAUAUUCAAGAACAAAGGUCAGAUUCCUGAAGAUUGGCCCAAAAUCACCAAACAAUAUGUGCUGAAUGACAUGAAUAAAUAAUGAUUCUUAGUGACACCGAGAACCCAAAUGCAGAGCAUUAUGAGAACUUGUUCUCCCAGGAAUUUUUCCAAAGAUGAAUAUUGGAAACAUAGCAUUACUAGACAUAAUGCAGUAAUCAUCAAAGCUCUGUACCAUUGGUUUAAAAAAGUGUGAAUUUUUUCAGCGUAGACAACCAAAAACCCAAAACACUUGUUCAUAGUCUGAGAUUUCAAUAAACAAAAAAAUAUAAAUUAUUUAUAGAUGAACCUUUUUUGGGAAAAAAUUGUUGGAAAACUCUCAAGAAGAACUUCAUAGAAAUAGAGUAUCAGUCAGCAUCAAAUAUCAGUGUAAGUAAAAAUAGAUGUAUAACCUCCAUAAUAAAAGAAUCUAACCUUAGAAAAUUAUCAAAGGAAUAGAAAAGAUACCUUUCUUUCUAUCUUAUCUAAUCUUAUACAUACAUUAUAUAAUAUUGAAAAUAUUUUACUCCUAAAAUUAACAUAGAUCUUAUAGGAAGCAUUUGGGUUAAAUGGGAAAAUAUUUUUACAUCAACUAUUUGUGACAAGGUACAAAAAAAAUCUUCAAUUAACAAAUACAUAAUAUAAAAAAGUUCCAUUUUCUAUUAGAUUAAAUGUUGAAAGGAUAUAAAUGUAUAGAGUUCAAAAGAAAAUGUUGAAGUUUUUAGUAACUAUUAAGAAAAUAAUCCUGAAAGCCACUAUUAAUAGAAACCAGAAUUGCAACAACCCAGAGGUUUUACCUAAUACCAAUCUAGCUGGCAACAAUGACAAGAGAUAAAAGUAAUUAACUAUUUUUAGGCAGUGGUAUUGUGGAAAGGCAGAUAGAGUAAAGGUACAAGAUUACAAUGUAAUUGGGAAAAUAUUUAACAAACUACAUGAAAAUACAAUAAAACACAGAUAAUAUGAGGUUCUUUAAAUCAAUAUGCAUCCACACAGAUUGAUAUUCAUGACUUAUUCAUUUCCCUUUCUAUUUGAAUUUGACAUAUUGUACCAAAGCAUCAAUGGGUGGGACUGUGUUUGCACAUAACCAUUCUGGAAAAUUAUUUAAAAUUACACAAAUUAAGUGGUGAACAUGUACAUAUCACUUCAUUCAACGAUUCUGUUCUGAGACAUAAACCCUGAGAUUGUCAAAAAGAAAAAAAGAAAGAUUUGUUUCAGGCCAAAAUAAUUCCAAAACCACUCUUUAUGGAAGGAAGGAACUGGAACAAAGUAAAGUCUAUCAAUAGGCAAUUACUGAAAAAAUUGUGGUUUCAAUGUAGUGACAUAUUGUGAAAUAUUAAUUAUAGAACAAUCAUUUAUUUUUAUUCAUAUGCCUUAAUUACACAUAUAAUUUAGUUCUUAUAAAUCAUAGUAGAUUAAGAAGUAUAUAUGAGAUUUUCCAUCCCUUGAUAGGUCAUUGAUUCCAGCUAUAUCCCCUGUUAACCAAAAUUAUCCCUGCUAUUGGAAGCCUUUUUUUAUUUAUGUUUCUUAUUUCUAUUAUGAGCCUUAUUGUAGAUUUAAGUCAUAGUUAUUCCAUGAUCAAAUAUAAAGGAAAAUACCCUGAGGAUUGCUCACUGUCAAAAUUCCCCAUUCUCAUGAAAAUUUCCUAUUUCUGUUAAUGAGUGCUUUUAAAUAUAGGUUUCCUCUUUGACUAUGGAAAAUCUCAAAACCAUCUGAACCCCACUGAGAAUCAACAUCAUAUACUAAUAUGGGAUUCAUGUUUCUCUUUUAUUAAAAAAUUAAAUGAAUAUGCAAUAAAACAAAAUUAAUAGUUGUUUUUCUAAGUUAUUAUGCUUUCACGUAGAUUUAUAUUCAGUAUUUAUUUGUCCCUUUUUCUAUAUGAAUUUGACAUGAUGCACCCAGUAUUUCACCAAUAUACUAAUAUACCAAUGCACCAAUACAGUUUGAUGUUUCUCAUGUCUAUCUAUUAAAAGUGCUUUGUCAAUUCAGUUCUGCUUCCUUGUGCCAACUUGGACCAACUUUUUUUUUUUUGAUAAAUUGCUAGGCAUGGCUAAUAAAUGGAUUUUGUUUCAAUUUA